CUGCAUAGCAACUUUUUCGGUCACUUGCACCAAGCUUCUCAGAUUUUUGAGCUUUCGAUACCGAUUACAAAGGCAAUUUUCAAAGUAAUCCACUCGUUCUGAGCCGCAUCGUAUUGUUUAUUUCACUUUUAGCGUGGUCCGUUAGUUAUCAAAAUGAUGCUAUAUAUGCUGGCUAUAGAUGUCAUUCUAUAUUUCCUGCUCUUCCCCGAUUUUCCUUUAUGGGCAUUCUUGCUUUUCAAGUUGGUGUUUAUCAAUAGACCCCUGGAGAGGAUUGGAGUUGUUUUGUUGAAUGCCGUAGCCAAGUGGUAUAUAUAUCCAUUACUGGAGAAAUGGGUUGCCUUAGAGGAAGCAAAAUUGAACUCGGAACACCUUUAAUUUCUUUAUAGUGCAAAAAUGAAGUAAAGAAAGUGAAGUAAAGAAAGUUUUAGUGACAA